AUGGAUUUCUUUUCAACGAUCGAAGAUCCACGUCAUACACCCGGAAAACGACAUGGUUAUGCAAAGGAGCAAUUAGCGCCUCAAACAUUCAUAAGCAAUAAUCAACGAUCUCUUCUUAGCAAUUUUAUUACCACUCCACCUGUUGUUAAAUCACAAAAUUAUUUUACGGGCUAUAGUGGUAACAAAUUUUAUUUGGCUAAGCAACAGAAGCAAGAACGUAACAACUAUACGUCUCUUUAUCCAUCUCAAAAAUCUGCAUUUUUAACAUAUAAAUCAGUUCUCCGAAAUUCUCCAAAUCAGAAACCACCGGAAAUGCAAACAGAUCCACCACCUAUAAUCAGUAAUACGUUAAUUGCCCAUGAUGGUAUCCUGAAACCGAAGCCAAGAUAUAUUACAUCUAUUAGCCAAGAGUAUAAUAAAAACGCAACAGAAUUUGGCAAUGUGGAAUACUUCGAAAAUAAUAACAGUGGUACAGCAACAAUAUUGGAAGCAGACACAAUUAACAGCAGGCAGGGAAGUACAACACCACAACACCGACCAAUAAAAAUGGCUUGUUCUGAAUUUGGAUCCAGAGAGUCGCCAAUAGCAGAAAAGAUAAUGAAAGAUGUUCCACGACUGAAUAAUUUUAAAAAUAUCUUAAAUAAAUUCCAGAUAGCAAGUGAUCAUGCAUUACGGCAGCAACAGCAACGAGAACAAAUACGAUACAAUGCAAGUGGUCAUGAAUCGGAUCAAGGAUUCAACAUUCCGAAUUUGAAACAAUCAACCGAACCUGGAUAUUCUGAACAGGAUUGCACAUUUACGAAAAAUAAAGCAUUUACGAUGUCUAUUCCAACUGCUGGGAAAAAUAUUCGUAAUAGUUUACCGAAGCAAUGGAUCAUGCAAGAAAAUGACACGCAUGUUGACAUGGAACAACGAUCAUUAACAAUAUCUGGCAUAUCAUCUUUACCACCAUCACCAUCAUUAUCAUCCUCUCAUAAACCACCAAAUAGAACCAACAGUUUAAGAUUAGUAAGUAUGAAACAACGAACAUUUUUCGAUAACAAUUUUCAUCGAAAUGAACCAGUGAGAAGCCAACUUCAAUAUAAUAUCAACCGUUCUAGAUUGAUUUCAGGAAAUGAAGCAAUAAAAAGUCCAACUAGCAUACCAUCCUCUUCUCAUGGUUGCAUUAUCCGUUGCACUUCAACAGAAAGCUAUAAGAAGUUAACACCAGUGACGCAAGUUGACACCCAUCCUUCAUUAUUAUCAAAAUCAGAACCACGUAGCAUCAGCAAUCAAAUGGAGAACGAUAAUGAGUUGGUAUCCGUUAUCGGACUUUAUAAACAGGCUGAACCUGUAUUUGUUGAUUCUAGUCCAAUAAAACCUGAUCUUACGAUUGGUAACAUAUGGAAUCCACCGACACUUGUAGAAAUUAGAGCAAAACGAAAUGAGGAGCAUCGCAUACUUCAUGAUACUCUACAUCAGAACAGCCAGAAAUAUCGUUUCUUGAUUAUUCCACGACAUACUUUGUUCACAUUCAAAUCAUUUGCUAGUAAUCAUCAAUAUGACAUCAGUGAAGAAUACGAACAGAAGGUAUGCUUCAUCUUAUUACAACUCGUAUAUGCACUGAAAUCUUUCCAGUUGAAUGGUAUCGAAAUGGUCAGCGACGAUUUAAGUGAAUUCAUCUUGUUGUCCAGGUACACUCGAACUAAUCAUAAGAUUGGUAGUAUGGAUCAUUUACCAAGGAUUCUUCUACUUCAAGAAUCACUUAGAAUGACGAACAAAAAGUCCAUCGUAGGACUAUGUGAUUAUGGUCUGAAGAUACUUUCAACAAUGUUGAAUUUACACCGUAAUUCGCUAAGAAAUUUUGCAACCCCUAUUCAGGAGUCCAAUUUUAAGGAAUGCGUUAAAGCAUUGCAACAUGACAAAUCUAGUUCGCUGACAGAAGCAAAAAAUGCUCUAGAAUUUGGAAUGUUUGUUGGUCACGAUGCUUCCUCACUUAGCGAUGAAGAGGAUGCACAAGCUUGGAUUGACUCAAAACGAGCUGAUUAUGUUAAUUACCUGUUCCGUGAAGUAGCUGGCGGUUCCUGCUUGCUAAAUGAUGUAUAUGAGCGACUGCGCCUGCAAUUCCUUCUCUCCGUCACGCCACAAACAUUGUUGAAAAUGCUCGACAACAUGCAUCUUCAAAAUUUUAAAUAA